AUGUUUGCUUUAAGAGUGUCCGUUCUCGUUUGGGGAAUGGUAGCAGCCAAAACCUCCGAGAAAUUCUUCCAAGAAAACCGUCGCCUGGCGAAGACUAUAGUGGAGGCUCUACAGGACCAGCAGUUCGAUGACGAAGUUCUGUUUGACAUGAAGAAGGAGAAUCAGGUCUACCUGAACAGGACUAUGUCACUCAUCAUUAAAUAUAUUGUGAAAAGGGAAGUAGACAAUUAUCGCUCUCGACGCACCGAUGCCAUCAGUCGCCGUAUUUAUACCUCGCUCGUCAUGAAACUUAUCGACAUCGCAAAGGACCUGCCCAGAAACACCUCGUACCAAAAUCGUAUUGACACGGCUCACCGCUACUACAUGUCGGUGGAAAGUCGUGAUAUGCACGACCAGAUGGCAGACAUCCAGGUGUUCCACGCAUGCGCACGGCUCUACGACAUCAUGUUCACUGCUCCUAGAAUCUUAUCAGCACUGGGCAAAUUUGACGAUCUGACUCCCAGGAGCUUAGUCAGGAAACUGAAUGAUAUGGAGAUCAAACCCGUACACCUGGGAGUUGCACUACUAAUUCAGUAUCACCUCCGUAGUACCGUGAACUUUGCGCUUCGCACGAAGACCCUGGACGUGUUAUCGACUAAACCGCAGGAUGUUGGUCCUCAAGUGAUCGACAUGCUUAAAUCACUGGCGACCAGAUUGUUGCCAGUUGCAGAGCUCCUGGACAUACACCUGGCGCACUCCAGCCCAGCUUUCAAGGAUACCUGUCCUUCCACUUGGCUCGGCAUUGUUAAUAAUAAAGGAUAA